AUGUUACAGGUGAAAGUACGAGUCCGUGAUAAGAACGACUCACCACCCUCUUGGGAAGGAAGCAAGCUGGAGUUCGCAGUGUCGGAAGACCUCGGAGUCGGCGAGAAGGUUGGUACCCUCUCCGCAGUGGACCCGGACACCAUCGGAGAGACUCACUACUCCCUCAUUUCGGGGGCGGAGGGUCGCUUCAGGCUGGAACCCCAAGGCGUCCUCCGCCUCGCAGAACCUCGACUAAGAGGUGGAUGUAAAGAAGCGCCGGAGAUAAGAUUGUACGCCGCUCACCUGACCCAGAGAGGAAAGGUUAUGUGGCGGCCUGGCACCGAUAAGGCCGUGCAACCAAUUAGCACUGGAAGGGUCACGUGGUCUGUCUCGUGUGCCCGGGUAUCUCACAUCCAACUCCUUUUCCUACUAAUUGGGUGA